CAUAAUUAUUUCGUAUUAAUCGUGUAUAUAUUUUCGAUAUCGAAAACAAUAAUGGAUGUAAGAAUUUUAAGAACGAUAUUACAUAGCUGUGAGGAUGCAGAGAAGAGUAUUGAAAACACGGAAGAUUAUAAAGAUUUUUUAAAUACGAAUGCAUUUGUACCAAGAUCCGACAUUGUCUUACGUGCCUUAUCUACAUCAUUUUCUAAUCUUUUGUACUACAAAGUAUCCAAAGAAGCUUACCAAAGAUAUUCUGUUCGUCUUCACGUUAUUGAUACAUUGCGUGAAUUAUUACGCAUAACUGAGAGAUUUCAAUCUUUACACAUAUUUAGAGACAGAGAAAAUACGUCGAAAUUUGUUGAAAAUUUAAUGGAAAAAUAUCUACCAGAUGUUUUAGACGAAUGUGUGUCUACUUACACAUUGACAUCAUUAACAGGAGCAUUAAUGUGUCUUGCUAAAUAUAAUACUCGUUUUGUGUAUUAUAUAGAAAAGAUAAUUGCUAAACUUUCUUACUUGGAAUCUACUAAUGAAAGUGAAAAAUUGUUAUGUUAUGCUUUACAACAGAGUGCACAACUUGGACUUAGUUUAUCUACAAAAGAAAGAAUAUAUCAUUCACAGCGAUAUAAACUAAUAGAGGAAGUUUUAAUUGAAGAUUUUACAUCGACUUGUCUCAAUAUUAAUACAGAAGUCGAUAAAGAUUGCCAAGAAGAGAUUAAACAUUCAGUAAACGAAUUACUCGAAUUCGCAGCUCUAUCACCAUACAUAUUUCAAUUAAUAUGUAAUUUUUUGAAAGAAUUGUUUGUACAUUUAGAAUACGCACCUAUGGUUUUAACAUUUAUACAAGCGACAUUGAAGCGUAUUCUCGCUCAUUGUCAAAAUAAGGACAAAGAUAUAUUAGAUCUUUAUCCCAAAUAUUUGCAUUCGUGUAUUAUUUUAUUAAGAAUAGAGCCCCAUUAUCAUACGUCUAAUUCGAAAGCUUAUAUAUUAGAAAAAAUAACAGAAAUUUAUGAAUCUAAUAAAGACGAUAUUUUGAUUUUACUCUCACAUUUUCCCGAAUGGCUUCCGUUCAUCUCAGAUUAUCUAGCUAAUCAAUUUAUCUGCAUAAAUAAUUAACAAUAAUGAUAAUAAUAUAUGUAUAUAGGCUGAAAUAUUUUUAUAAAUAUA